AGGCUGAGGAGAAAGCGUGUGUGAGCAAAGGACGCCACAGUCGCCUUAUUUUUAUAUUACUGAUUUGCAUUGUGACAGCGUGUAGUCAAGAAUAAAUGCGGGAUUUUAGAGAAGGUCAAAGAAGUUCCCUUGCCGGUUUUGUAAGUUGUCCGACUUAAAGAGUCAUUUAGUUUUAACCUCAGUCAGUCAGUCGAUGGUAACGCUAACGUUAGUCAUCUAGGCAAACAAACACCUGCCACUGCUGACGGACUCUUUUGUAUCUCGAUAUUUUACCGGAUCACUUUUCUUUCCUUUAUACGUUUUUGGUCAAGGAGGAUUUGAUUUGUAACUUGUUUCAGUGAAUUCCGGCAGAGCUGCUCAGGAUGCCUUGGAUGAGCGUUUCUCUGCCUUGGAGUUGUAUCGGGGAAAACGCAAAGCUCUGACUAACGAACAGCCACACUGCGGCAAGGCUUUGAGAUAGAAACGCUUCGAGACUGACCGUGCGCUUGCCGAGUCGCAAGAAUGUUAUAAGAACGUUAGUUUUGCGCGGGACUGGUGGACUGAGAGUCGAAGAAGGUGAAGAUAGACAGUGGGAGACGGGUGCAAGGUAACGGAGGGAUAUGAUAAUGGCUCUCGCGGCGGUUUGCCUUUACCUCCUCGCGCUCGCGUGGAUGAACUCGCGUCAGGUCCACGGGAACAAUCGCCACGCCGUGUACUGGAACAGCUCAAACAUACAUUUGCGGAGGGAAGGCUACACCGUACAGGUCAGCGUAAACGACUACCUUGACAUCUACUGUCCGCACUAUAACCAGAGCCAGAGGGGGUCGCUGGAGCGCGGCGUAGCCGAGCAAUACAUUCUUUACAUGGUCAGUUACCGAGGCUACCGCACCUGUGACCCGCAGAUGGGCUUCAAACGCUGGGAGUGCAACCGGCCGCACGCCCCCCACGCGCCCAUUAAAUUCUCGGAGAAGUUUCAGCGUUACAGCGCUUUCUCGCUAGGGUACGAGUUCAACGUGGGUCACGAGUACUACUAUAUAUCAACACCAAUCCACCACCAUGGACACAGCUGUUUAAGACUGAGGGUGUUUGUCUGCUGUUCUACAGUCUCUGCAGAUGACGACUCGGACCAGAGUCCUCCAGACUACACCGUCAGACCCAAACUCCAUGACAUCGAUGAAUUUAACCCUGAGAUCCCCAAACUGGAGAAGAGCGUCAGCGGCAGCAGUCCGUCUGGAGACCGGCUGUUGAUCACCGUGGCGACGCUCCUCCUCGCUGCUCUCCUCGUGUCCUAGCAACCGUCUCUCUAACAUGUCUGCGGCAACAGGACCGAGCCCCAAAAGAUCGCCUUUCGUUCAACUUGUGCGGGAGAUUAUCCAAUCAGAACAGAAUAACCACUAGCUGAGCCCUAAUACGGGAGCCAAUCGUAGACUUACCGCACUUAAACAGUGGCCUUUGUCUCCACAACUUUGAUACGCACCAAACCGAAACCUUAGGACUGAGAAUGACACGCUCAUCCGGGCAUCCAUUUCAGAAUUUGCCUUUCGAUGAAACAUCCACUUUCGGGGAGGAAAAUGAAAGAAAGACACUGAGGUCUCCGUUCCUCCAGACGCCGGGUUCAUGACACUAUCCAGACCAGGGCAGCGUUGAUUGAUAAAAUGGAUUACACAGUGGUCGGUCCUCUGAGGAACUCAAGGGGAUGUGGAGACCUUUGAGGGUGUCUCAAAGUUCGGUUGCAACCCCCAUAUCUUUAGAGUCCAGUGUGAGUUGUGGACAGACAUGACACAUGCGUUACAGAUCAAUAAAUCUCAUUUGGCAGUCGGUAAUUUGAGGUGUAAGUUCAUGUAAUCGAUCGCGGCUGCUAUAUCUGCCGGUUGCUGGCCUGAUGCCGUGCCCGUGAGCUGUGAUGGAAGGUUCUGUUCCUAAAUUUAGAGACUAGAGGUGCAUUAUCGGUUGGCCCAUCACUUUUGUACGACGUACAUUGUGUGACCAAAAGGCUUUGGUCAUAGUAGCCGAGUCUUACGUUGUAGGGCACUGUAAUGAACGGGAGUCGAGACGGAACAGUGAUAGUUAGACGGUCUUGUUUUAUUUUAUGUAGUAUGUAUGUGUUAUCAUGAGAAGGUACCGUUCAGUGGUUUUGUAAGAGCGGUGGAGUCAUACACUGCAAUUCACUGUUUUAUAUCAAGGAAUUGCAAUGCAGAAUUCGUUUUUACCGCACAAUACAUAUUUAAACAAUUGCUCUUUGAGUAUAGAACUUUAUAAACUUAAUUUAUUGAGUUAUUUAUUGAUCAUUUGAUCUUUUUUUGGAACUUUGUGAGUUUUCUUCUGCAUUCUCGAGGGAUCUUCCUUCCUUAUCUUUGCUGAUGCCAAAUUGUUUUGUUUAUUGUUUUUUCUUUGUUUCACGGCUUUUUUCAGGUUCAUUCGCCAGCAAAUUCAGCAAUUCAUAGUUCAAUCCUAUGGAGGAACAAACAUGCAUUUCAUAUAUUGCUCUCAAUUGAAAUAGUUAAAUUCUCCAUAAGGAGAGUCGUUAUUAUAGGACAUUGUGAGGUUGUUGUAGUUUAUAUCGGUGGGCGGGGUUAGGGGGGGUUCUCACCGUGCUUACCGGACAUCAGAAUUACGCGCACGGCUGCAUAGUCCCGCCAUACAGAGUACACGUCUUUGUAAAUGUGUCUGUAUGUGUUUUAUGAGUGUGCACUUUACAGGGGAUGGUAUGGAAAAGCGUGUGUGCAUUUUGGCCUUUUCAUAUUCAUUUAGAUACACAUUUGUAGGUUUUGAAUAUUCAAGCUUGCGUGAGAGGCGAGAAUGUGGCGGAUGAUGACGAAAGCAUUUAUCGUUGUUGGAAACAACAGUAUCAAUCGUGUUUACCUUAGAAUGAUUAAACAUGUAAACGAACCAUGAAUGACAAUUACCAGAAUGAAACUUAAUAAACCAUUCUUAUUUUAA